AUGGAAUCCUCGAAGAAGAGAAAGUCAUCGCCUCAAGAAAUUGUGCAAGGUGCGAUCAAGUCGAAGAUGAAAAAAUCUCGUCGUUCAAAACGCAGAAAACCAUCAACAACAACCUCAAAUAAUGAUGUUUUACCACCAAAUGACAUCAAUCAGUCAGGUUCUGAUAGUGAUAGCUGUGAUGUUUUGAGUUCUUUUCAGAAUCAAACAAACAUCCCGCAUCCUAAAAUCCAACAACAACAACAAGUUAAAAACCAACAACAAAAAGGUAAACAAAGUGAGGAAAAAAUUAAAAAAACUAAGCCGAUCAUUGUUGAAUCCAAUUAUGAUGUGAUUAACAACCUCAUCAAUGCCAUGCAGUUACAAUCCUCAACUUACAUGAAGCUUUUAUCUGGAAGAAGAGUUCAAAUUUUAUGUGCGAAUUCUGAUGAGAAGAAAAAAAUCAUCGUUGAGUUGAAAAAUAAACAAAUCAGAUUUCACUCAUUCACUGAAGCCGAAGACAAACCUGUAAUGUUUGUUCUACUAGGACAUUAUUAUAUCGAGCUUGAUAGCAUGAAAGAAAAGCUUGUUCAAAGUGGAUUGCAACCAACCAAUGUCACAUUUCUCAACAGUAACAAAGAAAAUCCUUUAUAUCUGGUGCAUUUUGUUAAAGCUUCAAUAGAUCUUCCUACAUUAACACACAAAUAUAAAUUUAUUGGAAAUCUUAUUGUCAGAUGGCAGUUGCUGGAUCAUAAUCGCAAAAAACAUACACAGUGUCGUCGAUGUCAACAAUGGGGACAUUCAGCAUCAAAUUGUGGCUACGAGUACAGAUGUGUAAAGUGUGUUAAAGUUCAUAAUCCGGGCGAAUGUGAAAGAACCACAAGGGACAACACCACUGAAAAUUCUGUUCAAUGUGUUAAUUGUUCUGAACAUCAUCCAGCGAACAGCACAAAAUGUAAAGCCUUUGUGGAUUAUGUAACUCGAAUCAAUUCACGCCAACGAAAGAAUAAUCUUAGCACAUCAAAUAAUGUUGAAAAUGUGAUAAAUGAUGAAGAAUUCCAAACGCUGCCUUCUGGAAAAGUUGCUACGCAGCGCAACGUGCAGAAUCACCUACGAAACAACGAGCAGACUCAGCAACGAAACAACGUGCAGAUUCAACAACGAUCCAAACUGAAGAAAUCUUCUUAUGCCGAAGCUGUGAUGUCUUCCCAAUUGCAAUCAAUAAGAGACCAAAAUGAAUCUGAUGAUAAUUUUAUUGAUGACGAACAACAAAGUCAGGUGAGUUUUAUUCUGAAUCCAAAGAAUGUCAACUCGAAAGAAAAAAUUAGUCAAGACAUUGGCAAUACAAUGGAUGCACUUAAUAAGAUGUUGAAGGAAAUGAUUAAUCAAUUUUCUAAAACAUUAACGUUAUUGAGUAGUCAACUUGUGAAAUUUAUCAAUCAUGACUAG